AUGGUCUUUGAUGCUCUAACAAAAUUGAGAGCUGUUAGUGAACUGAUUGGCGAAUGCGGAACUACGUUACCCAAAUCUUUACCUUCUAACCCGCAAACUGAAUUCGGUGAGAUCGUGGACAAAAAAGAUUGUAAAUCUCAAAAAAUCACCACAAAACCUGUGAAGAAACCUAGAUUUAGCUUGAUAAUUGAAAUCAAUACUUCUGUCUUGAACAAGAGCAAUGUUAAGACCGCUUUCCGUGACAAUUUUGUCUCUACCACCACCAAUGGAUCUAUCGAUGCAAAAAUUGUCGGUCAAGAGGAUAAUCUAAAGAAACAACAUAUAUUUUCAACAAGUUAUCCCCAAUUUUCACGUACUGAAGAUCGUACUAUCCUCGAUUAUAAUAAUAUUAGCUUAGAGCUUGCUAACAAUCCAGCUGAAUUUUUGAACACUGACUCACAAGACGAAAUGCCCGGCACUCCAAGCAGUACUUCAAGUACUGUCAAUGAUUUUAUUGCUACAUCACCUAGGCUUUCCUCUCAAACAAAACCUAUUAAAAUAUUUCACACAUAUGCAAAAUGUAAAAUACAAAAAAAGAGGACUAUUUCACCGAAAUUUUCUAAUUUUCCUGAUAAUAAUAAUACACCAAACUGUUAUCACAAACAAAGCAAUAAUAACAUUUAUGUUUCUAUCGUGGAAGAAUUUAAUUCAUAUAUAAAAAAUGGAAAAAUAGAAGGACAUAGAAAUAAUAAUAUAGAGCAUGAGAAAAAUAACGAAGAUGUGACAUCAAGAAGCAAUGACGAAAACGAUUCAACUGAAAUUACUGAAGAUACGCACACCGCAAUCGAUAUAACUAAAGAAUCUUCUCCGAGACAACAACCAAUAGAAAUUACCACUGAUGAAGAAACAUCAACGUCAGCCGAAGAUAGUAGUAGUUCUGAACAAGAACAAAGUCUUGACGAUUAUCCAUCUUCUCAACCAUCGCAUUUUAAAUCAUCAAAAAAAUCCACAGAAACAAGCAAUAGUAGGCCAACAGAAGAUCCAAUAGAUUACAACCAUAUAAUAAUUCAAGAGCAGACGCGUGGAUGUUAA